GGAUUGAAGCGGGUAUGCGCGGUUCUACAGUAAUAUCUGAUGAUGUUCUCCUCAACACCGUUGAACUUACAGCAGAGGAUGCUGAUGGCUCAACAUUCAUUCAACACUAUCACUUGACCGGAAGUACACGUAACCAAAGUGUGACUCUGCUGAUUGACAGUUUACUGACACGGUUGAAUGACCAACAGCAAUGCUCUUGUACAGUGGUUUCUCACUCAGUGGGUGAGGCCCGUCUCCUGAUCCUUCUGAUGAACAUCGCCAGCAGACUGAUGGACGACGGCCGGGUGGACGUCAUCAGAAACAUGAGACGUCUGCAAUCAAGUCUCGGUGGACCCCUUUCACGGAGGAGGAUGUCUGCCUAUGUCUGGAGUUCGCCCAGCGACGACUGGAAUCUUCAGUUUAUGUCAACGCAUAAAAACAUCACCUUGAAUAGAUGUAUAAUUUCAACAUAUCUUACAUGCUUUAUCAGCUUCUUUGCACAUGCGCAAUCCAUUCACUGCGUAUGGUGAAAGUAUGAAAUGGGCUCCAUUAUUUGCUGAUAUAGGAGUUAGACAGCUUCAGUUUCUGUAAAUAGAACAUUGUGGAUCUAUUCCAUCUAUAGAUUAUUUGACUGCUUAAAAUUUUAAUUUACUGAACAUUGAGCUAAGUUUUACAUGAUAAAUGCUAAUUGUUUUAUAGUUCCAAAUUUAAACAGUGUAUGAA